AUGGCGUUCCUCCGCGAUGUCUCGGACCGAUUCUGGAACUAUGUUAGCCCUCGAAAGACGCAGCAACGGCGAGAGAAGCCCUUCAAGGUCCCCGCGCUGCCUGCUCACGUCAGAAUACCUCGCCAAAAGCAAAUCGCAACGCCAGAGUCGAGGGACAUGAGCCCAGAAUCACGCAUCAACAUUUGGCACACCCGAACUCCAAGCCCGCAAAGCGAUGUCGACAUGGACGCGACGCUGUUGCCUCCUUCUCCACCUACCUCACCACAACCAUCACAUGAUGACUUGGAGGGCGACACGUUACUCCCAGAUUCGCCAAUCUCCCAGAGUUACGACAAGACUGGAUCGUCGGCGGACGAAGUGGAUGCUAACGAAGACACGACGGUAGUGGACGAUGGAACCUACAUGAACCAGUACAAGAAGGUCAAUGUCGACCAAGAACGGAAGCGACGUGAUAAGCAGGGCCGCGAGCUACGAGAUGCUGGAUGGUCAGAGGACGCUGUGUUCUUAUUCCAGAAGCUUGGGAUGCGUGGAUUCGAGCCUAUUCUGCCAAUCGACUGGAUUGACGACUUCGAGACCUUGCCCGAGGAUCUAUUCACUGUGAAACUCGACAAGGCUUUCGUCAAACCGGCCCUCGGUACUGACUACCAUGCCCAGCUCGCACUCAGCAACCUAUUCGACCUUGGCAGUGUUGUUCGCGAUGCCUGGCAUACUCGCGCUCCUAAGCGAACCCCGGCAUAUCACAUCAAGCGCGCCGUUCAGAAAUACACUAGGUGGGCUAUGAAAGACGGCGGGGUUGACCACAUUUGGCCCGAACUUCCGCUCUUCGAAAUUGUCACCUGGGGCUUAAACGUGCACUCUUCCGACGGAGAGAAGAGGAUGAUUGACAAGCUCGGUAAUCUUCACACACGAUGGCACGAAGCUCUCCAGACCCAACCCGCCGAGGGCCGACUGGUGUCUGCUAUGCCUGACGUCCCUACACUGCAUGGCAUUACGGCGUCGCAUACCGUUAUGGCUUUUGUCAGUUAUGCCCCGCCAACAGAAGAGAACGAGCAGGCUCAACUACGAUUGAUCGCCAUGUUUGACUUUGGCAAAGAGGGCUACGAUGUUUGGAACUCGCUGGCUAUUGCCAUCUUUGUCAUCCACUGUCGCAAUCGGAUGAUGCAGCUUAAAGAAUGCUUGUCUGAGCCAGACCUGUCGACUGAGGAGGAUCCUGAUCUUUGA